AUGCUUCACAGACUUCACCCCACCCUGGUCGACAAGAGGUUCACUGAUGAUGAUAUUGUUAAUGCCACGGAUGGCCGGAUUUUCCGGGCGCAUGUGGGCAUCAUUGGCUCUGGUAUCAUCGGCCUUCUCUCUGCUUUGACGCUCACCGAUGCCGGCUACAGAGUGGCUAUCGUUGCACGCGAUCUACCGGGUGAUGAAUCCCAGGACUGGGCAAGUCCCUGGGCGGGCGUAUCAAUCUUUCCUCAUCCAGACGUUGGCGGCCACAGCCUCCAGACCGAGAAUUUUAAAUACUUCUGGGCCUUAGCGCAUAGGGAUCCAACUAGUGGCGUUCAAGUUAUCAAGGCAACGGAACACUACGAUGAUCGGGAGGAUGAUUCGAGCAUCUGGUACAAGACAGUGGUCCCACACUAUCGUGUAAUUCCGAAGGAGAAAGGGCCAUUCUUACUCCCAUGGAUCCAAGCGCAGCUUAAAGCACGUGGAAUCACAUUUAUUCGGAAGACACUGAGAUCCAUCCAGGAGGCAAAGAAGAUCACCGGAGCAGAAUAUAUCGUGCACGCAUCGGGGCUAGGAGCGUAUAUUCUCGCAGGCGAUAAGAAUGUAGAGGCCAUUCGUGGACAAACAAUGUUUGUCAAGACGGACUUUAACGAGUUGAAGAUGCACCAAGGUUCCCACUACACCUAUGUCAUUCCGCGGAUGUUCACCAACGGGGCCAUCAUCGGCGGUGUCAGCCAGCCCGGUAGCUUGGAUCGCAAUGUGGACAAGGCCCUACGCGCGGACAUCCUAAAGCGCAUCAAUAUCCUUACUGACGGGGGUCUUAGCUCGGUCGAGCUGGACAAGGAUGUUCAGAAGGAUAUUGUCGCCUUCCGGCCGGGAAGAAAAGGAGGAUAUCGCCUCGAGGCUGAGGAUGACGUAGUGCAUGCCUACGGGUUUGCUGGCCUUGGCUAUAUAUUCAGUUACGGUGUGGCUUUAAAGGUCCGAGAGCUGAUUGACUCGAUUGUGGACAAAGACAGGGCUCCAAGGAGCCGCCUCUAA